CCGCGGCUAUGGAUCCAUCGCUGUCCUCCUCCUGCUUUCGCCGCUGAGGGACGUUCCUCCGUCGGAUGCUCCAGUGGCCAUAGAGGAGGGAAGGAGGAGGAGGAGGGGGCAUCCCUAUCAUUCUUCGACUACCAGGCUGACUCACCGCUGGAGCGCCUGAACACAGUAGAAGAAGAAGAGGAAGAAGAAGAUAGAGUUCCAGAACAGGAUUGAAGGAAAACUAAAACAAGAAGAGAGCAAGAAGGAAAAGGGAGUGAGAGAAGGAGGGGAGCAGAAACCAACCAAAAGAGGUGAAGAAGACAAGGAAGGGUGAGGACGGGGAAAGUGAGGUCAGGUCGGCGGGCGAGAGGAGGAAAGAGAAAGUGAUUGUGAGAAAGAGAGAGAAUACAGGAACAAGUUCCGAGGUUAGGUGAGACUGGGUGCAGGUAGGACGGAGGUCAAGUGGUCAGACAGAAGGCUGGCUGAUUGAGCUUCAGCUGAACAAGCUGUCCCACUAGCACCACCAACCCCCCCCCCCCCUCCGACAGCUGUCCCUUCACCGUCAGCACACUGGGAGAACUGGGAGGACUGGUGACGAGGAGAAGCCACCAUGAGCGACCAGAACGUCGUCAAGGAAGGCUGGGUGCAGAAAAGAGGUGAGUACAUCAAGAACUGGCGACCACGCUACUUUCUGCUGAAGUCAGACGGCUCUUUCAUUGGCUACAAGGACAAACCACAGGACUCUGACCUGGCCUACCCACUCAAUAACUUCUCUGUAGCAAAAUGCCAGCUGAUGAAGACAGAGCGACCAAAACCAAACACCUUCAUCAUCCGCUGUCUGCAGUGGACCACUGUCAUCGAGAGGACGUUCCAUGUCGACACUCCUGAUGAGAGGGACGAGUGGGCUGAGGCCAUCCAGAUGGUGGCUGAGUCUCUGGCCAAGCAGGAGGAGGAGGGCAUCCUGUGCAGCCCCACCUCUCAGAUCGAGAACGUCAACGAGGAGGAGAUGGACACCUCCAUCGGCCACUACAAACGGAAGACAAUGAAUGACUUUGACUAUCUGAAGCUUCUGGGCAAAGGCACGUUUGGGAAAGUAAUUCUGGUCAGGGAGAAGGCGAGUGGCACGUACUACGCCAUGAAGAUCCUGAAGAAGGAAGUCAUCAUAGCCAAGGAUGAAGUUGCUCACACGCUCACAGAAAGUAGGGUAUUAAAAAACACUCGGCAUCCAUUCCUAACUUCUCUGAAGUACUCGUUCCAGACGAAGGACCGGCUGUGCUUUGUAAUGGAGUACGUUAACGGAGGAGAGCUGUUUUUCCAUUUGUCAAGAGAAAGAGUUUUUUCAGAGGACCGGACUCGCUUCUACGGCGCUGAGAUUGUCUCGGCUCUAGACUACCUACAUUCUGCAAAGAUCGUCUACCGAGAUCUGAAGCUGGAGAACCUCAUGUUGGAUAAAGACGGACACAUUAAGAUCACAGACUUUGGCCUCUGCAAAGAAGGGAUCACUGACACUGCCACCAUGAAAACCUUCUGUGGAACACCUGAGUACCUGGCUCCUGAGGUGCUGGAGGACAAUGACUACGGACGGGCGGUGGACUGGUGGGGUUUGGGUGUGGUGACGUACGAGAUGAUGUGCGGCCGCUUGCCGUUCUACAACCAGGAUCACGAGAAGUUGUUUGAGCUCAUCCUCAUGGAGGAGAUCAAGUUCCCACGAACCCUGUCAGCCGACGCCAAGUCGCUGCUAUCAGGACUGCUCAUCAAAGACCCCAACAAACGGCUUGGCGGCGGACCGGAUGAUGCUAAGGAGAUCAUGCGACACAGUUUCUUUGGCACAGUCGACUGGCAGGAUGUCUACGACAAGAAGCUGGUUCCACCUUUCCAGCCGCAGGUCAGCUCAGAGACAGACACACGCUACUUCGACGAGGAGUUCACAGCACAGACCAUCACCAUCACUCCGCCAGAAAAAUAUGACGAGGACGGGAUGGACGCGGCGGACAACGAGCGAAGGCCUCAUUUCCCACAGUUCUCCUAUUCAGCCAGCGGACGGGAGUGAGCGCUCCGGCCCAGCAAGCCAGUAUUGUCCCCAUCCGUGGCCAUUUUGAGGAAAACACGUAGCCAUUUUAGGAAAAAAAAAGUACCAGUCUCCCCUCUUUUUCUCCUUCUCUGCCUCCUCACAGACGGGGAGAAGUCUUUUUAGGGACUUUAAAAGAGGUUUUUGCACAGUGGGAUAGACACCUGCCGGUCUCCCCACACUAAAAAAAAUAAGUCUCCUACAUUUUCAGCGCUAUUUACUGCAGAAGGCAAUGUUUUUGUUAUUUAUUUUUUUUCUCUCCGUCAGUAUUAAGUCGUCAACCCGGGUUACAUCUUUUUUUUUUGUUUGUCUGUUUGUUGUGUCUUCCCUUUUUCUUCUUCUUUUGACUUUUUUGCACUUGGUUUGGAAGAGCCGUUUUAGGGAACAAAAAACCAAAAAUGUUGCCUUACAUGUGCAGAUGUUUCGUAUCAUACUGACAGGGUGUUUUUGUUUGGGAGAGGGCGGGCGGGUUUUCGGGGAUGAUCCUUAGUCGAGGAUAAGUGCAUGGCUCGUGGUUCACUCAAAAAAAGUACAAAAAGAAACACAUUUCUUUCUCAUCCAUAUGCCAUGGCAUCGCACAUUCCCCAUUCCCAUGGCGAUGAAAAUCACUGUCUACAGAUAACAACAAAAAGAAAAACAAAAAAACAAAAGAAAGACAUAAAAUGAGGAUUGAGGGGUCUGUAUCAUUCCAGUCAUCAUUGCAAUGUUACUACUCUUUUUUUUUCAACCCCAAGUUUUUUCUCUCACGCGCUUUACUCCUUUUAGUUUGUCUUUUAUUGAAACAGGAAACACAAAACUGCCAGAAACUGCACAGUUCACUCAGGCGCCACAGAGCACAACCGCGUUCAAACUCAGCCUACCGCUCCAGCUUUCCACAGCCGGCAGGGAACGAGGCCUUUCUCUGCUCUCUCACCGUUUGUACUCCUCCUCUUCCUUCUCCUCCUCUUCUUCACUUCCUCCUCUUCUUCACCUCUGCUCUUCUGUUUCUUCAUUGUAGCUGUAGGACUAGUGGAAUGGGUGUUUACACAGGGACAUGUGGCUUAAUGUAUGUAUGUAAUGUAUGUAUGUACUGUAUGUAUGUGGGACAUGGGGGUCAAAUGUAUGCUGUCAUAGCACACACACACACAUCUACACACAAACAUAUACUCACAUCGUCGUGCACACAGAUCAGACUCAAGUCUGCACUUUGCUCCAAACUAAACAAGUUUGUCAUUUUCCAAAAUGAACAGAACGCCUGAUGUGUAUACCACAAAGCAGAUUCAACAUACCCAAGCUCUUUGACUUAGCUGGCUGGAUAAAGCCUGAAGUUGCAGAUCAAGAUUUUGGGUAUCACAAAGGUGGUUAUGAUCUUUCUCUGUUAACUCAGACUGCUGCAGGCUGUGUGCGGGCUCACCUGAAAGGAGACAUUUAGCUCGUCAUUUGACGCUUCUUCUGCACAAAGAAAAAAGUUUACUGCCUCUCUGCUUCUGUCAGACUAAAAUCAUGAGAUGAAAUAAUGAAUAGUUUGUGGUAAUAAACUUCACUGCUGCUUCACGGAAGGAGAGGGACGCUUCAGUAAAAUAUUGUGUUAAUCUUUUGAAUUGAUUUUGCCAUCAGACAAACUGUCGGUGCUUUUUGUUUAUUUCUAAUUUGACAGCUAAACAAAGUAAACUUUUAACUUUGACAAUAAUACACAUCAUUUCAGCACUAUAAGAAGCAACUGUUAUGGUCAGAUAGCCUUUUACUUCAUGAAAAUAUGUUUAAAUAACAUUUCAUAUCUUUCAUUGAUGAAGACUAAUCAGUAUUAUUAUCUGUGAUUUCAGUGUAAAACCUGCUGCGUUAAACACUUCAGGAUAUUAGGAGCAAACAUAAAAACACAACGCUUCUUAAUUCAAAGUGGUGCAACGGAUGACAAAUCAUUUUGUCUCGGAUCAAUCAAAGAAAAAAAAAAAUAUAUAUAUAACUUUUCUCCUCUUCAGCUAGCCAUGACUCAAACUGUGCUUUUCACCAGCGCUACAAAUCAAAAUGUAUCCCCAUGAAUCUUAUUGAUGUAUCACAUCCUUUGUUUUCUUUACCAUAUACACAAAGCUACAAUUCCAAUAAUAAUAAUAAUAAUAGAAGCAGUUAGAUAAACCUGAACUCCUUUUAUUUAGAAAGUGCUUUUUAAAUUCUGAGUAGUAGUCUUCAAUAUGAAAAGCUGCAUCAUUUCAAUAACAGUGUUUGUAACCACCAUCAGAUACCACAACUAACCAAACAGAAAACAGAUCUUUCUGUGAAUAAUACAUUUUCUCUAAUCUUCAAAAACAGCUUAAACAAUGUUGAACACACACACACUGUUCAUUCAGUUGAUGUGUGUGUAUCUGUGCACAGGCUGCACCUGCAUCGUGUGUCGUGACAGACAGAACAGGGAGCGUGCGUUUAAGGCUAUAUCUUCUUUUUUUGGACCAGUACAACCGGCUUUAACGUUACUAACCAUACGUUUCUGAUUGAUGUUAUAAGCAGCCAGCAGCUUACACCUGCAUGAUAAAUGCAGACAUGGUGGAAUGAAGAAAAGUAGAAGCAGCAUUAAACACAAAGUAAGCAUACUAAAGGUUAUAUCAACUCUUUACAAGCUGUGUCCAUGUGAAAUUUCAUGAAAACGUUUUGGACAAAUCUGAUCAACUGUGAUCCGUUGCACAACUACUAAGAGUGUGUAGCCUCUGUGAUGUGAUACAUACCUAGUACUGACCAGGUUAUGAGUUAAGAGUAGGUUACCAUGGUGAUCUAGCCAUGUCAAAAGACAGCCAGCUUUGUGACAUGGAAAUCUCUGACUUAAGGCUCAACAGAGCUGGCUUUCCCUCUAAUCUCGCUUUGUGGUUUUGUGGUGUAUCCCCCUGGUUUGUUUGUUUCUUUGAACCUGUAAGUCUAAACUGAGGGAAUAUAAGAGUUGCCGUGCACAUAGGAAAUGUUUUUACUUAACACAGAGGCUGUUGAAGUUUUGGUGUACAGUAUAGAGAAGAGAAGCUUACAUACUUGAGUCAUCCUCAUUUUUUUUCCUAGCUUUUGUCAAGAUUGGAAUGACAACCUCUGUGCCACACACACGUCUGUGUUUGUACAAGCCUGGAGGUUAUUAGCCCAGCAGAAAGACUGAAAGACACCGGACACAGCUGGACUUGCAUUGCCUGAAGUCCUACAGACUUCUUUAAAAGCUGAUGAAUUCAAAUCUAUCCUAACUCACAAACUUACAACCUUGUUGUUUCAGUUAAGUUGUAGCGGCAAAAAGAUGCUGGUCUCUUGUCAGUUUUUGUAUUUAUAACUGUAUGAGAGAAGGUGUGAGUCCGCCUGAUGGUUGUGUAUGUGCAAUAAGGUUGGAGCUGUUCUUAUGUUUUAUACUUGAUGAGAUAAGUGAACAAAUGUCUUGAAACUGGAAGUAAACACUAAAUAUGACUGAAUUUGGCAAGAAACAGAAUUGAGUUCUCCAUUGGUCCACUUGGUUCCCCGUAUUCUGAAACCAACUUUUAAGUCUGAACCGGUCUGUCAGGGUUCCUUUGCACAGUAUUGCAGCAUUGUUGAUGAAAGUAUGUUUCCCACAGGUCUUACAGGACGAUACAUCCUGGAAGUGGUAUGAUUAGUUUGUAUGUACAACAUAAAACAUGCUAUAUGCCUAUAGCUGCAUACAAGUGCUUUUAUUUAUUUAAAUCAAACGUCAUGAGUGCUGCCCUCUGGUGGUGCGUGUGACAAACAACAUGACUCAAUAAUGUGAACUAAUUUUUUCCUUUCGGCUGUGAUCUAUCUGUUUCACUUAUGAACAAAAUUAUGAAUUUAAUUAGUUUCCGGAGCAAAUUGCUGACUUUUUCUGCUCUGCAUAAUUCAGUGGUUCCUGCACUCAUUUGGAAAGGUUCAGUGUUGAUUUCUGAUUGUCAGGUCUGAAAAACUGAUUACGUUGGUGAAAGAUUUUUUUGGAAAUUGUUGUCUGAUGCUUGUGUCAUCUCAUACUCUGAGGUUCAUGUGUAAAAGUGAUAACAGGUCCAAGAAUUAUAACUCUGUAAUGUAUGACAAAGAAAGUAUUGAUUGAACUGCGAAGGAAACCUGAGUGUGCGCACACACACACACACACACACACACACAUAAACAUCAUUCAUAUUCACACAAAAACACAGACAUACAAAGACUGUUUUAUGAAGAUAAAUCAGGAGUGGAGAACUUUAUUAAACAUGGACACUAACAGAAAUGAGGCUUCCAGCUCCACAUGCAGGGGUUCAGUCCCCAUCUGUCCUGUCAGUAUUGUGAAUUAAAAAUUAUUUAUACACACACACACACACACACACACACACACACGUUGAACUGAGGUUAUCAAUAAGUCACUAAUCAUGUCACAGAUCACGAGAAAACUGAGCCGUGAGACACUCAUGUGAGAAGACUGUGAGGACUGCCGGAAAUAUGUCGCCCAAAACUUCUUCUAGGUGUAAAUAUGCAAUGCCUUUUUUUGUCUUUAGUGGCAUUUUCACAAACGAAACAUAAACAUUUCUGUUUCUGUGUGACAGUACUUCAAGCUUGCUGAAGAUAAUAGUGACAGAAUAAAAAAAACAACAAAUGACUCAAAAACUGCAUCUUAGAAAACAUCAAAAAAGGAAGAAAAAAAAAACAAAGACAAUGUCAAAAACUGGACCCUUCCAUUGAUUUUUUUCUUUGGGACAAUACAUCGACUUAUCGUCCAAGGAGGAUGUUUCCAUGGAGACAAACCCCGCCUCCUGCCUUCCUUCUUUGGCCACCAUGGUCCCUGAAAAUGAUCAACUCCUGAUUUUCUGAGAGGACAUGACUGUUACUGUGGAGUCUGCACUGUCCUUUCUGUUUCCCUUCACUCUAUUUUAAAAGAAAAAAAUACAAAAAGGGACCAUGGCUGUCUUUUUUUUUCUUUUUUUUUUUUUUUUGCAGUGAUGGUUUUAUCAGGUUGUUCCAAUCCCAUCAUCCAUUUCUUCUCCUCAUUUUUGUACCAUAGUAUCCGUUUUAUUUAUUUUUGUCUUUCUAGGCAGUGUUACCUUGUAUGUUGUUAAAAAAGGCACCUCUGGAAAGUUGCUGAGGGAUGAUGACGAUGAUGAUGAUGAUGAUGAAGAUGAUGGAUGCAUUAACUGAAGUCUCUUUUUAUUCUUUUUUUUUUUUUUUUUGGAUCGUUUGCUUGUUUGUUUUCUUACCAAAACAUUCGGGCAAGAACCCAGUAGUGGACUUGCGUUGCCGUGGUAGUAUUUAUUUUGAAUUAAAUUAAAAGAAAUACAUUUCAGGGUU